CCCCACCUGCCAUUAAUGGAUUCCGCUCUGCUCUGAUGGAAAUUAGAUAUCAGAGCGGCAGCACUCUCCUUCCUGCAGACUUAAAGCAUUGUGAGAGUCCGUGGUUCGAGUGGAACGUUGUCAGACAGCGAGGACGAAUGGCCUCGUGCGGAGGACGUUUACCGGCCGAGUGCCCUGUUCCAUUACCAGCUCAGGCACCCGGCCCCGAACCAACACCUGUGGGCUGACUUCUGCAUCCGACAGCGCAUCUGAUUGAAAUGGGGAGAGCUGAGCAUUAGAGACCGCUGUCUAUAAAUCCCGCUCUGAGCAGCUACAGGCCCGAGGGCGGUGAAUAAAUAUGUUAACGUCUUCCCUUAGGCUAGCCUUCAGACAGUGAGCUACAUAAUGAAGAGAGGGCCUUAUACAAACAGGAGUCAGUCAGGCUUUGUUUCCUCCUAGAUUCUGAGGAUAAACAAGUCCUGACGUGAUGUGUGAACUAGCUGCUCAUCCACCAGGCCUCCUGAGGGGGAGUUUGUUAGAUGAGUUUCUGUGGUUUUACUCAGUAUUUAUACAAGACUUACAUUGUGAAACCAGCUGUAAUGGAGCACAUUGCCCCAACAAAUGUAUCAUUUCUACUAAAAAACUAAAUUCUACUGUUGAUAUAAAAAUACAAUAGGAUAUAACAGUAAGGCUCCCAGACUUGUAUCACUAUGUAUCACUUUGAUAUACUUAUUCUCCUCUAUCCACUUUUCUCAAUUGAUGUUAUCUCCGCUGAGGCUACACACAUGUGGUCAAGAUUAACUCUGACCUGUUAGAAUGUGAAAAUGGAAUCAACGCAUCUCAAUGAUACAUUCAUUUAUUUUAAUUAAUUUAUAUACCUGGACUUUAUUGGCGCAGAUGAGGUUUAACAAAAUGUCUGCUCAUGUCCAAAACGUAGAGAUUUGUCGGUCUGCGCUGGGCUGACUUCACACAGCACGCACAGAGUGGCAUGCUGCCAGAGACAUCCAGCAAGUUAGUUUAACUUUUAAAUAAGUAAAACUAGUUUAAGUUUUAGAUACCCUAAUUUUUUUAACAUCUCGAGACAGGGUGACGUAUCUCGGUAGGACACACAGCUGCGGGACACACAUUCGCGGAGGGACAUUAGUCUGAGACCACACGAGACGAACCGCAGUCCAAGGAGAGCCCGCCCCCACCUGCGGGUCAUAUUACCGUUAGCGAUAUUUAACGUGACAUAACCUCAACACCUUUAGUCGCUCAACAAUAGCGCUGGUUUCAUGUCGACGUUUUUUCAAGUGUUAAAACAGAACGCCGUGCAACCAUGAGCACAUUAGUAAUGCGGAACCAAGCCAGGCAGCUUCUGCACAACAAGUUUGUGGUGGUUCUUGGUGGCUCAGUGCAACGGUCAAUGUACAAAGAUCUGGUUCUGCUGCUUCAGACGGAUCAGUGCUUGACUCUGUCUCAGCUCAAGUCCAAAGGGGAGUUUUCCUUUAAACAGGACGUCCUGGUGGAGGGGGGUCGAUUGGGGCCCAUGACGAACGGCACCGAGUACAGAGAGGUCCGACAGUACCGCUCCGACCACCACUUGGUGCGUUUCUACUUCCUGACCCGGGUCUACUCGCCGUACAUGGAGAGCAUCCUGGAGGACUUCAGGCAAGGACUCAAACCCGACAUCCUCGUCGUCAGCUCCUGUGUAUGGGACAUAACCAGGUACGGCCCAGAGUGUCUUGGACAGUACAAAGAAAACCUUCACAAGUUCUUUGGCCAGAUUAAAACUAUUGUUUACCACGACUGCCUUAUCCUGUGGGCUCUGGCUCUACCGCUAAGCAAGAGGAUCAACGGAGGCUUCUUGGUGCCUGAGGUGAGUCACUUGGCUCCCACGCUGUGCUAUGACAUCAUCGCGGCCAACUUCUACAGCUGCCGGCUUGCGGAGGCCUACGGCUUGGACGUCCUAGACCUGCACUUCCACUUCCGUUUCCGCCUGCAACACCGAAUGGCGGACGGCGUUCACUGGGACGGGCUGGCCCAUCGACGCAUCAGCGGCCUGCUGCUGCACCACGCUGCCGAUGCCUGGGGGGUCGACCUCUACGAUCCCCCCUCUCCAGCAGGAGGAGUAGCUCUCCAGAGAUGUAGCAUGGUCCGCCACCAGCAGAGGAACAGAUCAGACCAGUUUGAGCUGGUUCCACCAAACUCUGCUACAGAUCCACACAUGUGGUUCCCAUCGCAGCCGCCCCUCUGCUGGCAGCAGGAUGCAGCUGCUGCUGGAGUCGAGGUGUUACACUCUCCCUUCCCUGUGCAGCCUCGUCCUCCUCCAGGUCCACGUUUUCCUGCAGAUGGAAGGCGGAGACUCGCUGGUCAGAACUCUUUGCUCCCAGACAACCCGUGGCCAAGGCAGCAGGUCUAUGUUGGGGUUAGAAAACCCUUCUCACAGAUGGACUUCAGUGCAGGUGACUGUUUCAGGUUCUGUCCGCAUUCCCAAGCAAAUGAUCCCCGUGUCAGGAGGGGGAGGGGGAGAAGGACUAACUUCAGGACUCAUCCGUACCCGCCUAUGUCCGGCCGGUGGGCUGCAGACAAACGGACCCCCUACAGCGGGGACACCAGCCGACUGGACUCAGCAUGGACUGAGUGGUGAUGAGCAGCGAUGGGUCCCUACUGCUGAGGACACCUGAGAGAUGAAGUUGAUGGGUGGGGGGGAAUCUGAUGUCUGGAUGUUAAACAGAUCAGUGAUUGAGGCUGGUCAGAAGCACAGUGACACGUGCAAUGCCAGCAUUUAUCCACCAAUCCAAUCGACUGGACUGGAGGUGACCGUUUUUUCAUGUAGGAUAAUAAAAGGAUUGCCUUUGUAUAAAUGCUCUUAUCUGUACGCCAGCUCUGCCUAAUCGCUAACGUUUCAAUUUAGCACUUUUUUAUGUAACUGAAAAUAGUUCAACAGAUGCUUCUUAAUUUUUGUACAAGCCACAUUUGAAUGAGGACCACGAGCUGAAACAAUGUGAGUGGUCGGGGCUUCUGAGGGAUUUCUGUGAUUUGUCAUACCUGAAUGGUCAUAGUUCCAAGUGCACACACUGUUCUUCAGGGCCAAUUUAUUCCAUUGCAUAGCUCAAUUUAAUAUUUGACUUCCACUUUUGAUGUUUAAACUCAACUAAUGGUUAAAUAAAAGGUUGUUU